AUGAACUUUUGCAUUCGAAAUUUUAUAUGUGAGCACAGUCAAGAAAUUCCGGGACCUAUGGAUACUGUAUAUAACUUUCGAAGGAAUAAAAUCCCUGUUUUUCAUAUUUAUGGAGUGACUGAUACCUAUCAAAAGGCAUGUCUACAUAUUCAUGGAGUUCUUCCAUAUCUUGUUCUUCGUGUUGGAAAUAAAGUGACUCCAUCUGUGUUGGCUGCGAUGAGAGCAAAAGUUAAUAAAGGAAUUGAAAAGGAAAUUGAGACGAGCACUGGAAAAACGAACAAGUUCUCUGUGGAUUACGUUUACAAAAUGGAGAGCUUCAGUAGUCGCUCACUCUACGGAUAUCAAGAUGAAGAAGAAGACUUUGUUCGAGUUUAUUUUUCAUCUCCAUGGUAUCUUAAAAAAGCUACGCAUUCACUUGGAAAAGAAGUCAUCGAUAAACCACUUUUUCAACCAUACGAGGCUCAUCUUCCUUUUCAUCUCCAGUUUUUCAUUGAUAAUUCCAUAUUUGGAAUGGAUAAUAUUUAUCUGAAAAAAGUCAAAUUUCGAAUGGAUUCGAGGGAUGAAGAUGCAACGUUGAUUUAUAAAGAUUUGUCAGUUGGCGAUAUCAGAAAUAAUGAGCUCUUAUUGUCUCCAUACGAGAAGAAGACAACUUGCCACGUGGAAUGUGAUGCAUUGGUUACAGAUAUUCUGAAUAUGGAGAUGCAGGCAGAUAAUGUUCACUCUUCCAACCCUGGAUUGGAAUAUCUUUGGAGAGAGGAGAAAGAGAGGUGUGAUGCACUUGGAAUUGAACUCAAGGAUGUAUUUAAUUCAUAUGAACCUCGAAAAUCAACAAUCUGUCCUCAAGAACGCGACAUGUUACGAACCGCCCGAAAAAUGGCUAAGAAAUUCCGACAAGAAAGGUGUAUGUCGGAACAGUUGGAUGAUCUGAUGGUCACAAGAAUUGCCGAAUCUCAGCAGACAACGUCAUCAGUGGGUGCAUCGGACACGACAAUAUGGGAGCAGCCAGGCGAGGAUCCUAUGGAAGAGGACCGAAUAGGCAGGGAGAAAACUCCUGAAGAACUGGACGCUGAACGUCAGAAAGAAGAAGAUCGGGAAGAGGCAGCAGAAGAUGAUGAUAAUGAUCCAAAAAAUCAGGAAGCAGAAAUGACGAUGUUUGCUGAUAGUCAAAAACCUGUUGAAAGAGAUGAAGCUAUGGAUGUAGAUGAAGAAGUCGAAGAUGAUGAAGAAUUGAAUGACAAGGGAACGGGGGAAGUGAUUGAAAUCAGUUCGGAUGGAGAUGAUGAUCAAGACAUUGUUCAAUGGAUCACAACGAAAAGCGCGUAUGAUCAAAAUUUCAUCAGCAUGAACGAAUUCCUAUUUGAUGCCAAGAAAAUUGAAAAUCAACGGCAGUUCUCUCGGGAAAUGACUGCUUGUUCUGUGAUGACUGAUGAGACAGUAGUUGCUGCAGCUGAACAUUCACAACCUGUCGAACAGACACGUCUGCUCUCACAAACUUCAAUUGGUGAACCUUCUACUUCUGAGAAAAGUGUUGAAUCGGACAUUGUUGGAUUAUGUGUGGCAAGUUUAGAGCUUCUAGUCGACACAAAAAUGCCAAUGCCAGACGCAGCUUCCAGUGAAAUUGUGUCAGUGUCAUUAGCAAUUUACAACGAUGUAUGUCGUUGUUCAUCUCCGAAGCUUCAUGUUCUUCUCACAACCUUACCUGUUGGACCGGCAUAUUCAGAUCGAAGAGUUGUUCACAUGGAGACUGAAUUGGAAAUGUUGGAAGAAGUCGCUAAAUGGAUUGUACAAUACGAUGUUGAUGUUAUGAUCGGAUACGAGACCAUUCGUUUAUCAUGGGGAUUCUUUUUCCGUAGAAUCAAACUCCUUGGAUCUAGAAUCUCAAUGGAUCGAGCGUUGAUUGAUGCCUACGAAGAUCAUAUCGAAGUAGACGAUCAAGAAAUCACAGUUGCUCCACCAAAAGGAAGACUUCUAGUUUCAGUAUGGAAAGUUGUUCGUAGUGAUCUAGCACUUCGGAAUUAUGAUCUGGGAAGUGCUGUGGCAAAUGUGUUACGAAAAAAAAUUCCGAUGUUGGAUAAUGCUGCGUUGAUGAGAAGAAUCAAAGGAGAAAGGUCUGCCAUAAGAAACGAUGUACAUUUGCAUCUUCUAAAACUGUCUAGCCUUAACAUAUCUCUUCUAACCGAAAUGAAUUGGUUCCUGAAAAACGCUGAAAUGGCACGAGUAUAUGGAAUUCAAUUUCACGAAGUUUGGACUCGAGGAUCCCAGUUACGAGUGGAAUCCAUGCUUCUCCGUUUGGCACAUCGUAUGAAUUUUGUGGCUCCGUCAAUUACCCAUUUGCAGAGAAACAUGAUGGGCUCUCCGGAGCAGCUUCAACUUAUUCUGGAACCCCAAUCAAAAGUCUAUUUUGAUCCGGUUAUUGUUCUAGAUUUCCAAUCAUUGUAUCCAUCAAUGGUUAUUGCAUACAACUACUGCUACUCAACUAUUUUGGGAAAAAUUGGAAAUUUAGUACAAAUGAAUGAUGAGUCCAGGAAUCGAGAAGAGAUUGUACUUGGAGCAAUCAAGUACCAUCCUAGUAAAGAUGAUAUUGUGAAGUUGGUGGCCUAUAAAGAAGUCUGUGCAUCUCCACUUGCAUCAAUGUUUGUGAAAAAGUCAAAACGGGAAGGUGUGAUGCCUUUGUUGCUCAGAGAGAUUCUCGCCGCUCGAAUAAUGGUGAAAAGUGCGAUGAAACGGACGAAAAACAAGAAGCUGAAACGAAUUCUAGAUGCUCGACAACUGGCUCUGAAACUUGUUGCAAAUGUGUCAUAUGGAUAUACAGCAGCGAAUUGGAGUGGACGAAUGCCUUGUGCAGAAUUAGCCGAUGCCAUCCUCGGAAAAGGUCGUGAGACUCUGGAGAGAUCAAUUGAAAUGGUUCAACGAGGUGAUUACGGUGGUGCUGAAGUUAUCUAUGGUGACACUGACAGUAUGUUUGUUCUGGUUCGUGGUGCAAGUGUAGAAGAAGCAUUUGAAAUUGGUAGACGAAUUGUUGAUGACGUCACUAAUUCAAAUCCUGAUCCCGUCGUUUUGAAACUGGAAAAAGUUUACAAGGGAUGUGUGUUGGAGACAAAGAAGAGAUAUGCUGGAUGGAUGUAUGAACAUGAGAAUGAUGAAGGAUCUUUAGAUGCUAAAGGAAUCGAGACAGUUCGACGAGACACGUGUCCAAUUGUAGCAGAAGUUCUCGAAAAGUCACUUGGGUUGAUUUUCUCUCAAAAUUGGAAAACCUUUAUCACUUAUCUGAAUACAGUAGUACUAAAUCUACCACAAGAGAAUUUCUCAAAAUUCGUAUUCUGCAAAGAGUAUAGAGGUGAUUACUCGGCACGAGCGAUGGUACCACAAAAGAAAAUUGCAGAAGCUCGAAUCAGAAAGUGUCCAUCCCACAUAACACUACGUGGGGAGCGUGUACCUUACGUUAUCAUUGAUGGUGUCACCGGAUCUACAGUAUACUCUUGUGUACGGUCAAUAGAUCAGUUUGCUCGUAAUCCGGAAUACAAGAUCAACACUUUCUACUAUUUGAAUGCUCAUAUUCUUGCUGCUCUGCGAAGAGUCACUGAUUUGAUUCCAAUGAAGAUUGACUUCUUACCAUUUGCUGCGGAGCAGUGUUUUGUGUCUGACUGCUCGAGAAUCGGAAAGACUCCAUGGUGCAUUGAAUGCGAGCAAAAUCCAGAAGAACUCGCUCUAGCUCUAGUUCAAUUGGGACGAGAGAGUCGUGCUAGAUCCCAAAUUAUACAAUAUUGCACAAGCUGUCAAUCUUCCAGUCAACGUCUUGGCGAAGAUCAAGUAGUCGAUUGUGCCAACUUUACAUGUCUACUACGGCAGACUAUGUCAAUUAUGGAUCGUUCAAGAACCGCGUCAGUUCUGACUGCACAUAAGAUGUUCUAAUGAUUUUUAUAUGCACACUGUUGUAAUUUUGAGAUAAUUUUGAAAUUAAUGAAUUUAUAUACAUAC